AUGGCUAGUAAUCGGCCAGUUACUUCUGCUCCAAGUACCACUGUUCCAAGACGUAGUGCUGGAACAGCUAAUGCUGCUUAUGUUCAAAGAGGCCCCGAGAAGAAGAAUUUGGGCAACCUAAAUCACCUUAAACAAGCGGAUGUGGAUAACAACCAGGGUAAUGCAAUGACUGGUACUUUCUCUAUCCAUUCUAUACCUGCUUACGUGCUAUUUGAUUCAGGUGCAUCACAUUCAUUUAUAUCAGAAACUUUUAUAGAAAGGUUAAACUUGAAGAAUGUCACACCUUGUGAGGCUGAUAUCUCUAUUCCUUCUGGUCUAAGUGUAACGUAUUUUGAUGUAAUAUUAGGGAUGGAUUGGUUAGAAAAGUACAAAGCCAAGAUUGAUUGUCCGAAACAGGAAGUCACAAUAGAGAGUCAUAAGGGCGUCCAUGUGCUUUAUAGUCGUCGUCCUGUGAAGAUCAUUUCUGCCCUUACUCUAAAGUCUUAUUUGAGAAAGGGAUGCCCUAUGUACCUUUGUCAUAUUCAUGAUACGAGCAAGGAAAGACCAGAGCUCAUAGAUGUUCCAAUUGUGAAUGAGUAUCAAGAUGUGUUUCCGAAUGAUAUUGAUCUUAACAUGCCUCCGAAGCAUGAUGUUGAGUUCAACAUUGAUUUGGUACCUGGAACGGGACCUAUAUCUAAGCCACCUUAUCGGAUGGCGCCUGCUGAAGUGAAAGAGUUGAAAACUCAGUUAGAAGAAUUAUGGAUAAAGGCUAUAUACGGCCUAGUGUGUCCCCUUGGGGUGCACCAGUUCUGUUCGUGA